UACAGAGGGCGCUUCAGAACAGUAAGAUGACGCUCUCAUGCUAAGGCAUAAAUGGCGGACAAGAAAGAAUUGAGGGCGGAAGGGGAGUUUUUAGUUAGUGUAGGGAGAGUUGUCUCCCAGCUUUUUAAUAAUUGGUUUUACCUAAUGUUUGGCUUCAGUUUGAUUUGAUUAGCAAGAAACAGCUAUUAAAUUCAGUAUAAGUUGUAUUUAUCUUACGGGAUUAGUGCUACUAUUAUAAGUUGAAGUUGCAAAAGAAACGUAAGCUGAAUUGACCAUUGUUGGAUAAGACAAACUGUGCUUCUGCAGUGCUAGGCCUUAUCUACAGAAAUAUGAAUAAUGGCAGAAAAUGAGGAAGAUCUCACUAUACCUCGAGCUGCAAUGAACAAGAUGAUUAAAGAAAUUCUUCCACAUGUUAGAGUUGCCAAUGAUGCCCGUGAACUUAUCCUGAACUGUUGUACUGAGUUUAUCCAUCACAUCGCCUCUGAAGCCAAUGAAAUCUGUAACACUCAGCAGAAAAAAACUAUCUCGGCUGAACAUAUUCUAGGAGCUUUAGAAAGUCUGGGUUUCAGGGAGUACAAACAUGAGGCAGAAACAGUUUUGAAGGAUUGUAAGGCUGUUGCUGCCAAACGUCGCAGACAAAGUACACGGCUGGAAAAUCUUGGAAUACCUGAAGAAGAGCUUUUACGACAACAACAGGAACUUUUUGCAAAGGCUCGUCAACAGCAAGCUGAGAUAGAACAGCAGCAGUGGCUAGAAAUGCAACAGGCUGCUCAACAUCAGUUGAUGUUGCAGCAGCAGAAUUCUAAAGCUGAAGAUGAUGAUGAAUAUUGAACCAAUUUAAUAUACAAACUAAUUGAAACUUUAACAUGAAAUAGUCAUUUAAUAACUCGUCAAAAGAUGGUUCCAAUACUAGACAAAACAUUUCUCAAACUUAUAGAUGAUGUAUUUGCGAGAUAUUCUUUGUACAGUUGUGAAAAAUAAACAUUUUCAGACUUCCCAAUUAUCAAAUA